CUGCUUUCCUUUUGUAAAGUCGAACACAUUAUUGAUCGAAUAAAAGCACCAGGCGGAGUCGCUUGGACUGUGAUCCCAGAUUUCACUGAAUCCGUUCCCAAUAUCGAUGUGACAAUACCACCACAUCACGACGCGAAACUGCGAAGCGAAGAAAUCGCGGUUACAGAGGGCACAGAACCAGAAGAAAAAAUAACUGCGAAUCUCGGUCCCGGCGAACGUCCGGAACUGCCCAGUUUGCGUGCACGUCGCCGUGCAGUCCGUGUGCGUGACGAUGGUGGCAGUACUGUCACUUCUGUUUCGUCAAUCAGAAAUCCAUUGGAGUCAUUGCGCUCCAUCUUAGAUCGGCCGGACUAUGCUCCACCAACCGUUCUACUUCCUUCCUCAGCACGUACAGUGACUGGUGCGGUUGACGAAAGUUGCGCACAAUCGUCACGUUCUCAGGGCACUUCGCUCUCGGAACAACAAGAAAUGCUUGACCGAGAACUGGCCGAGAUUGAUCAACGCAUUGCUCGCAUUCGAAUGGGUUCUUUGAUAGACCGCGAUACAAACGCGACUCGAUCGCAUUGCGCUGCAGAGACGCGACGAGCGGACGCUGAUCCAUCCGGAUCUAAAGUUUCUCAAUUAACCCCACGAGAUUCAGUCGUUGUGGAGGGUCAAGCUGUCAGCGAUCGUUCCGAUAAAAGUCUUCAAACCCGUCCGUUAUUACGAUUGAGCAAAUCUGGUCUCUUGCAAGUCCAUUCACUUCAACCGGACAACAAAACAGUCUCAGGUUCCGUAACAUCGCGUUCCGGUAGAUUGAGUUCCACAGACGGCGAGUCCCGGCGAACGUUAAAUUCGCUAACGGAGAAAUGGCGUUACAAAUUGAAUUCUAUCAUCUCUUCCCAAAUUGAGAAUUUGCAAUCCGAACGACACUCCGGUCCUUCAUCAGUUCCGUCAUCUUCUGGUCUCUCCUGUGGUAGCUGGUCCAGUACUAGUUCAAGGAAAUCUUUUGUUGUUCCCCGAGAAGGAGGUGAUACACCGUCUCGUUCGGAAGCCUCGAGCAGCUUGCAUUUCGCAGUGCAAUCAGCUGCUCUGGGCGAGCCUUCACAAGUUAUUGAAUCGAAUAACGAAUUAACCAAAGAACCAUUCAAUCGAACUGAGCCUAUCUUGAAAUUGGAGUCAAAAGUCUCAUUGUUGGAAGGCGAUGCAAUAUCGAAAGCCGAUCAUGCUUUGCCAGAAACUUCCCCGGUCCCACGUAUGCAAAAUCGCUCUGUUCUUCAUCCUGAAAAUUCGCAACCUAAUCCUCCUCGUCUGAGCAAUGAAGAAUGUUCCAUCUUUCACCAUAUCAGCCAGGUCGCCUGUCGUCUGGCUCAAACAGCACUGCAGGAGGCCACAACAGAGCUGGUAGCUGAGGGAGUUGUUCUGUCAGAUUUCGAGCAAAGUAAAUUCCGUUCUGACCAUCCCGAAUCGGAAUCACUCGCUACUAAGAUUGUUCUCAGCUCAGCUGAAACUCAAUCCACAACAACUGCAUUCAGAUCGAGCACAGAACCGUCGUCUUCCAGUGAUGUCGGUUCCAGUACAUGUCGUUCACUGAAAGCAGAGCUACGAGCCCUGUUGACCUCUUCAUUGAUUAGUUCACUUCUUAGUGGAAGCGGCACGACUGCUGCAAUCAAUUCGUCCACUCUCACUGGAGCUCUGAGCAGCACGGCGGAAGUUUUGCGUCGGGAACUGGCUCCAAGUCCGAACAGUGGCCUAAAACAGCCCAGUCCAAUCUCAGAUGAUAUAUUAGGAUCAUCUCAAUGCCGGACAUCGUCGAAAGAAACGUCCCCAAUCCAGACUGGUCUUUCCGGAUCAGUAUCGUCACCAUCAGACGACAACGGCUCAUGUCUGGAUGGUGUUGCUACUGUUAUACCGGUGCCGAAAAAAUCUGAACUCGAUAAACCGGAUCUAUCGUCAGCAAAAGGUGAGCCUCAGGGUUCCAGUGCGUCUGCAGAGCUCCACGCGAAUCAAGCUGGUGUAGUCAAGGUUAGGAAAAAUUGGUUGAUAGGUUUACUGGGAAACGAGCAUGGGAAAAUGUCUCGCAUCCAACGUCCAUCAGCAAUAGCUUCACAUCAACUACUCGAGUUAUCCGACAAUAGCAGUCAUGGUUCAUUCCGUCCUUUGUCACCGGUCAACUCGUCUGAUGCUUCUUCGACCCCUCGGUCAACUGAGCCUUCUGUUGAUUCAAACCCACCAUCAACUACUGACCUACCCAUCAGGAACACAGCACUUUUGUUAUCCACUGCUCCAUGUGGUACAAACUGUACUCAUCCGAUCACAUUUAAACCCUUGCCUCGUCUGGAAGAAGCCCCAUCGGAAGAGUCCAUAGCUGAUCAGUCGAAUACACUUAUCAAUCCUCUACCGCUUACAUUGGCUGAAGGCGAAUCUCUGCAAACCCCGUCCUCAUCUUCCUGGACCGGUAGUCGAAAAUCGAACGAAUUUUGUGGCUUGUCCCGAUGCUCCACAUCAAAUUCAAAUUUGGGCGUGGUGUCUGAUACACAUACCAACCAAGUGUCCGAAAGCCACGUGGAAACAACUGAAGAUGACCAAACUACUAUCCAUCGGUUACGAACUAAUGUGCCCCUGACACCUGUCGAGCCAUUCGAGUCCUCGGUUGUUCCCUGUCUGGGUUCGAAUGGUUCGGCUUCAGCAUCCAGGGUAGAUUCCCGUUCUGCUUCAGUGAAUUCCUCUCCGACUCCAUACCAGCCACUUGGUACAGACGAUAGAAACUGGCCUCACUGUGUGCCCACUGUUUAUCCAUCGUCUACUCAUGUAGUCUGUCCUCCAGUGCUAGCAAAUGAAACGCGGAAUACGACAACCAUAGAUUCCAGCAUUGUUUGGGACGAUGGUGGUGACCUGAUACCCAAUGUGGAUCCCGCCUCGAAUGUGGACGAGUUGGGAUUCUACGGCACCGUUUCUGGUCUGACUCCACAACCGACUCCAAAAGUGGGAAUCGGAUUGCCAAAAACUCAAAAUCCCGAAUUGCUCUGUCCGGAGAAAAACGACAAAACACCUCGUCCCACAAGUCCUGCUGAUGGAGUUGUUUUCGGUACUGUUCAGCAGCGGCCAAUCACCAACCUUCGAGAUUUGAAAUUGACCCCUUACGCUUCCAUGCCAGUGAUUUAUGUGGACUGCGAUAUGGACAGUCAGCUAAUCGAACCGCUUCAAAAGCCCACCCCGUCUCGAUCCGUUCGUGGAGCUCUGUAUGCGUCAUGGGGCAGCUUCACGCGUGAUCCAUUGCCACCCGUGAAUGAUCCAUCGUCUUUGUCUGAUUCAUUACGCUCAUUCCAGCGGCAUGAGGCGAGCUGCUUUUUACUGGACGAAACUGUCGAUCCGAUUCUAAUUCCCGUUCGUCAGUCGCCCACUCCCGUCCCACGACGAGAGUUUCUGAACCAGUCACCUAACCGCGUCACCGCCGUGGACGUUAAACAGAACGCUUUGGCUAUUCACUCGGUCACUCGCACCAGUGAGGACCAUAAACGCCAUUUGGGGAAUCGUCCGGAUGAGAAGGCUGGCGUCAAUCGUCGAGUAUGGGAUGGGCAUUCUUCGACCCGCUCUGUCGGUACCAAUCGUGGUGGAGCAUCGCAUCGUCUACUGACACGCGCACUGGCGGCCACCGCUCGUCGUGUCAACCCGAGUCGCGAUACAGUUCGUUCCAGUCCACCAGAUCCGCUCGAACUAGCCAUGAGUAAUGUGACACUUGAAGAAGUGCGCCAUAUACGGGAUUCAUCAUCUCAUAAACGAAAGUCCCAGCCGAAAAAUGCCAACCGUGUAGUAAAUAGUCGAUAUUUAUCUACCCGGGCUCGAGUGCAAUCGUCGCCCCGUCGAACAGACGCAAGCGGCGCUCGUCGCGGCACAAAUUCAACCACACGAACUGCAACCUCCACCGCGGCAAUAAAAGAUCAAGUCCCUUCAAGUGCUACUACCACUGUGCCUCGACCUUAUUCCAAUCGUCAUCCUGGUCCAGGGGUAACCUCAUUUCUACACUCCAGCUCUGGGAGCUUCGAACAAUCUCUCCGAGAGAAGUUACAACAUUGGCGUGCAGUCCGUUUGGGUGUACCUGUUACUUCGGUUCCGUCCGGCCUGAGUCAACGCAAUCCAGAUGAGGUAGCCGCAGCGUCGUCUAGGCAAGUCACCUCUUCAAGCUGCGUUGGAGGUACAUGUUCUGCGUCCAUGGUGGAGCGUGUGAGCUUUGCCUCGGUUCAACCCGGACCACCACCAAUGUUGAUUGAACGAAAUGCAGAUGAUGAUGUCAGUACGACCACAUUAUGGAUGAAUGAGAUUGCUUUUCAGCCACUGCCCACAUCGUCAGAUCGUCCCUCGACCCCGACUCCGAACUCUGCAGAUCGAUUUCUGAACAGUUCCGACACCACUGUAGUUGACGAGGAGAAUCUGGAAACAGAUUUAGGAGCGCCCAGUAUUCCUCAGGCUUCUUAUGUGCAACUUGGCAAUCACCAGUAUCGUCCAACCACCCUCGGGUCCACGGCUUUUUUUAUGGAUUUCAAUCCGACCGGUUUGCCGGGGACUGCUUGUGCUGGUGAUGAAUCCACGGAAAUGCGAUUCCCCAUGAAUGAACUUCAGUAA